UCCUGCCCCCUGGUCUCUCUAAAAGUGACUUGGCAUCAUUUGGCAACAAAAAAAAAUAUAGUUAAAAACAUUGUUUCGUCGUCUUUUGGUUAAUUUAAAAACAGAAAAUGUCUGCACCCGACAAGGAAAAGGAGAAAGAGAAGGAGGAGACCAACAACAAGGGCGAGGACCUGGGUCUGCUCGAGGAGGACGAUGAGUUCGAGGAGUUUCCCGCCGAAGAUUUCCGCGUUGGCGACGACGAGGAGGAGCUGAACGUGUGGGAGGACAACUGGGACGACGACAACGUGGAGGACGACUUCAGCCAGCAGCUGAAGGCGCAUCUGGAGAGCAAGAAGAUGGAGACGUAAACCGGCGGCGGCGGCGGCCCCAAUUGUUCGAUCCUAACCAUAAAAACGAGCUGAGCUGUUUUGCAGUUUAUAUAGAAUAAAAUCAGUAUAUUAAGUGGAA